ACUGACAGCUCGCGCGGGCCGGCGCCUCAGAAGGACCCGGCUCUGGGGCCGGCGCAGUGACCGCAUUCCCGAGCCAGACGGUUCCCGGUCGCUCCCCGUCCGCCCGGCCGGCCGGCCGGCCCCCGCCGCGAGGGCACAGCUAUUCUCAUUAGGGAAGAAUAAGCUUGAAUCCUGUUUUCUCGAUCUGAGCAUCUAGAUCUGAAAAAGGACACCAGCGGAGGUUAUCUGAGAUGUGUUUCAGCAGAUGCCUUAGGGCCCCGUGGGCCGCCCCAGAGGACUCAGUCCCGGUGGCCAGCGGCUCCCAAGCAGCUCGCGUGCGCUCGGCCUCAGGCUCCCGCUGACGCGUCUGGGAACCUCGUUCACCAGCCCCCGCCCGGCAUCCUUGCCGGCAGUGCCCCCCACGCCCCCGAGCCAUGGAGGCCCCUGAGGUCCCCGUGGGCCCGCUGAUUGACUUUGGGGCUGGGGCCAAGCCAUCCGCCUCCUCGCCCCUGGAGGUGCUGCCGCCAAAGCUGCAGGGCGGGGACAGCUCCCCGGGCGAGGGCGCGUCGGAGAGCGAGACCACGGAGUCGGCAGACAGCGAGAACGACACGGGAGAGUCGCCCUCGCGCCCGUCCUGGGGCCAAUACCGCCGCUCCUCCUCCAGCGAGUCCUUCUCCUCCAACCAGAGUACCGACUCGGCCAAGGAUGAGGAGCUGCCGGAACUCCGGGAGUUCCUGCGCAGCUACGUGGAGAAGAUCUUCUCCGGAGGGGAGGACUUGGGCCAGGAAGAGAAAGCCAAGUUCGGAGAGUACUGCAGCAGUGAGAACGGCAAAGGCCGGGAGUGGUUUGCCCGGUACGUGAGCGCCCAGCGCUGCAACUCCAAGUGCGUCUCGGAGGCCACCUUCUACCGCCUGGUGCAGUCCUUCGCGGUGGUCCUAUUUGAGUGUCACCAGAUGGACGACUUCGGGCCUGCAAAGAACCUCAUGACCAUGUGCUUCACCUACUAUCACAUCGGUAAACCACACCUGCUCCCCUCCGAGUUCAAGGAGAAGCCGGCCGGGAGCAUCGACUCCUACUUGAAAUCGGCCAAUAGCUGGUUAGCGGAGAAGAAAGACAUCGCCGAGCGGCUGCUAAAGAACACGUCGGCCAAGACGGAGAACGUCAAGGGCUUCUUCGGGCUGGAGACCAAGCCCAAGGGGCCCCUGGCCAGGAGAAGCGAGGAGAAAGAGGGCAAGCCCCAGGAGAAGCCGCGGAAGACGGUGACUGUGUGCAGCCCAGAGGAGGAGAGGAAGGGGGAGAAGAUCUACCUGUACACACACCUGAAGCAGCAGCCCAUCUGGCACACGCUGAGGUUCUGGAACGCGGCCUUUUUCGACGCUGUCCACUGUGAGAGGAGAAAGCGGUCUCCCACCACCAGAGGGGAUGCUGGAGAGGAGGAGAAGAAGAGGGAGAGGUGGUGCCACAUGACCCAGGAGGAGCGGGACGACAGCCUGCGGUUCAACGAGAACAUCACCUUCGGGCAGCUGGGCACAUUCACGCACAACAUGCUGGCGUUCGGGCUGAACAAGAAGCUGUGCAACGACUUUCUGAAGAAGCAGGCGGUGAUCGGCAACCUGGACGAGGAGCAGUACAAGCUGCUGAGUGACCACAUCGAGCAGAUGGCCACCGAGUAGGCCUCGGGAGGUGGCCCGAGGCUCCCCCAGGAGGACCGUGGGUGCGCGCCUCCCUCCCGGGCCCACGGCUGGCUGUCACCCCCCCCGCCCCCGCAUGACAUUGGCAGCACCAGAGCCGCCCCACACCGCCCUAGAACUAGCGGUUAGAAGAAUCUGGUGGCCUGUUUUCCCUGCCUCCCCUCUGCCUGUGUCUGCUCCCCCAUCUGCGUGCCAAAGUGUCCCUGGGAUUACACAGCUAACACCGA